GUUCCUCUUGUCAGGGGCCCUCGGCCCCACAGCAUCACUCUGGAGAAAGGUUCUGAAGGACUGGGCUUCAGCAUCGUGGGAGGAUUUGGCAGCCCACACGGAGACCUGCCCAUCUACGUGAAGACCGUCUUCAGCAAGGGAGCAGCUGCAGUAGACGGACGUUUGAAAAGAGGCGACCAAAUCCUGUCAGUGAAUGGAGAGAGUCUGCAGGGGGCGACUCACGAGGAGGCAGUGGCUGUCCUGAAGAAACAGAAAGGAAGUGUCACACUGGACAUCCUGUCAUAACAUCAGCUGCUGUGGCCACUGCAUAACCAUCACAACUGUAGACCACAUAUAAGAAGUGGGUGUCAUUUCAAAAUGGAAGGUCGGGGGAAUCAGGAGAACGACAAUAGUGGUUUGCCACCAGGGGGUGACUACAAUGCACAUGGACAAAAUGAACUCAUGGUGAUUAGUCGAUUAGGAUUAACUAGAUUAAUUAUUUGGGAUUCCAGGUCCUUCUCUAAAUUAAAAAAAUGUUAAGCUUGUAAAGACUUAAAAUCCCAUUUAGAGGAAAAUUGUUGAAUGGCAUUGUGCGUUUGAUAGCCUGUUGUCAUGACGUUGACUGCAGGAAGAAAGUGAAAAAGUGCAGCCAUUUCUUACAGUCUUUGGUCUCAUCUUCCUAGACAAGAGAUGUUUGCACUUCCCAAUAUGCAAAAAAAUAUAAACAUAAAUAUAUGUCAAACUGUGCCACACGCACACACACACUCUGAUGUCGGACACACUGAAACCCCCCAGCAGCAUGGCUACACCAGCAUCAGCACUGGAAUACGUUCACCAGAGCAGCUCAGCCUCGGACGUGUGGUCGAUAUCCAGAAUCUUCUGGAACAACAUGGCGACUUCCACUUUCUGCCUGUUUGCCGUCCUCUCCAUCACUGAACCAGAGCUUACAUCAGCAUGCAGCAGGAGGCUAUGACUACAGCUAAAAGAUCUCUGGUGCUGCUGCAUGUCCUAGCUUAGCACCUCCACUGUGGUAACCAGACUGAUUAGCUUAGCCUUUAGCAACAGAGUCAGUGUUGUUGUUAAUAUUACUGCAAUUGUGGAAGCUGGUGUCGUACACAUCUGCCAUCACCUGAGGGCAGCGUCAGAGCAAACAUCAGCCGGAGACGGAACCUUGACCCAUCUGUUCUAACACUACAUGAUGGAGUAAAGACGGAGAACUCCUGUUAUCAAACUAAAACAGCCACAACUUUCAGUGUCUUAGUCUCAGUCGCUGCAGCUUUUACACAUUUAAAAUUUGAAAAGAUCAGAAAUAAUUCACUUUAAUUCUCUGUUUCUAUGUUCACCCUGUGAUUAUUGUAUGUGCACUGAAUAAAUAGAUUUAUUUGACAUUUGAA